AAGAAAAGCCACUGAAUUGUUGGUAAAAUUAAAGAGCAAGGUAAAGAAACACAAUUAGGAACACAACAAGAAAUGGAAGUUGAAAUUAAAAGUUUAAAAAGAGAAAUAAAACAAAAAGAUGAUAAAAUCAAAGAAGUACAAGCUGAAAGUAAGAAAGAAAUUGACUUAUUACAAGCAAAAAUAACAAUGAUGAAUUUGCAAAAAAUUGAGAAGCAAGAACAUACUAAAUUUCAACAGAAAAUUGAAAAUCUAAGCCAAAGGAGAAGAAAGGAUUUUCUUCUAUUUGAAGAUGACAUUUAUGGUGACAUAAUCAUUGAUCAUCCAUUGAUUAUAAAAAUUGUACAAACACGUCAAUUUCAAAGACUAAAAAAAAUCACCACAUUAGGUUACACUUAUGAAAACAAGACAAAAGCAAAUUAUACAAAACUUCAGCAUAGCAUUGGAAUGUACUAUUUUGCUGGAGAAUAUGUUAAGCAACUUCAAAGGAAACAACCUGAGCUGAAUAUUACUGAGUCUGAUGUUUUGUGUGUACAAAUUGCUGCUCUUUGCUUUAACCUGGGUGUUGGUCCUUUCUCUCACAUUUUUGGUUUGUUCCUGAAGGAAAUAUGUCAAAAACAGCACAUUGAAAAGCCUUGGGAUAAUUUUUCUGAAGCAUCUGUCAAUAUGUUUCAAUACAUGCUAGAAGAUAAUGAAGACUUAAUGGAGUCUUUUAGAAGAUAUUUCAAUAACCCUGAAGCAGUUAUUACCUUCAUCAAAGAACUUAUGAGAGAAAAAAGGAAAAUGCAGUGUAUCCAAGACAAAGAAUUUCUGUAUGAGAUCAUAUUAAAUGAAAGUCAAAUGAAUGUCAAAGUAAUUGAUUACACAACAAGAGAUGCUGCAGUUAUGGGAGCAAAAAUCAAUUUCAAAUGGAGAGUAUUCCUUGCCAAAGUUUAUGUUUUGAGGUGUGAUGAUGGUAAAUUACACAUCUGCUUCCAUGAAGAUGAUUUGGAGACAUACAAUGAUUUCUUCAGCACUCAUAGUCGCCUUUACAGGGAUUUAUAUUAUGUUCGCAAAAUAAGAAUUGUUGCUUUAAUGAUCAAAGUAAUGUUAACAAGAGCAGAUAAUACUGAAUUGAUUCAAGACACUAAUAGUAAGGUGACUAUAUCUGAUGCUGCUAGAAGUAUGGUUGCUUAUACACAACUCACUGACAGUGUUCUUAUUCUCAUCAGAGAGUCUGUUAAAGAUCCUCUUGUGCAAACACUGCUAGAUUGUUUGGACGAAUCUAAAUUUAUUGCAGAAAUUGGUUAUAUUAUACCACCAGAAGAUUGGAAUAAGAAUCCAGAUGACUUGAAAGAAGCUAUUGUAAAAGCAACUGGUAUUGAUGAAAUUGAAUGUAAUCUCAUUAUUGAUCUGGUAUUAAAUGGAUAUGAAGGAAAUGAAACUUGGACACAAUAUUAUUAUCGUGAUGAUGACUCAACAGGAAAAUGGACUGAUAGAUGGGCACAAGAAAGAUAUCAUGCCAAUCUCCCAUGGCGUGUUUUCUUUGUCAGUGGUGAUAGAGGAUUAAUAAAGACAGUUCAAGAAGGAUUUAAAAAAGCAAUUAAUGAUCUAAGGAUUGAAACUUGGAAACUUUAUCCGCCCCGAGAAAAUUAUGAUUUGAUGCCUGAAAAGGUUUCAAUGGAAUGUGUGAAAUGAAUUUUUAAAAGCUACAAUUUAAUAAUAAUGCUCAGUACUUAGUAUAGAACUUUUAUUGCAUAAUGCUGCCUAUUAAUAUAGUGUGUUAUAGUAACAUAGUAAACAUAUCUUUUGAUUUCAGUCAUAAUUAUACAAUUAUAAA